CGGAGACGGGAUCGACUGCCACCACAACACAUCAGGGUUUUAACCGACUUGCUGGUUUAGCUUCUUUAAUGACGUGUGUUGCAUGCUUGGCGGCUGCCCUUGCCAAAGUGCCUCACUUUUUGAUACAGGCGACGCUUGUGCUUGAUCUCUCAAUUCUCAAUCAGCAGCAAUAAUUGAACUACCGUACUCUGCUAGCUAGAUCCCAUUUUCCCAUCAGCAGCAAUAAAGAUGAUGGUUCUUGCAGUUCUUUUGGCUCUGGUGGCGACGUUGGAUCCUUCUCAUGGACUUGUCAAUGACAGGCCAUCAUCUCCCUCCAGGCUAAAUUACCAAGUGCAAGAUACACCUAAUCAUCAUCGGAUGGAUUCAAGCUUAGAGUACGAAAGCCCAAGAGACUCCGAUGCAACUGGCCUCCCAUCAUCACGGCGAAGUCUUCUCAAUGGACUGGCUCAAGUUGCAAUGGCAUCAGUUGCUCUGAGUCAGCCAAAAGCAGCAAUGGCAGUGGAUUUUCAAGUCCCAGGCAUGUCGAAAGGACCCAACAAUAAGCGCGUCGGGGGACUAGCCAACAAAAUCAAGAACAGCUGUAGCAUCAUGGAUGAGCUGCAACGUGACCUCAUGCAAGAACGAUGGGAUCGAGUAGAAGCAUACCCUGCCCAACUAAGGUCUUAUGUUCCUGUAUUCACAGCCUACACCGAUUCCGCCUUUCCCUCCGAUGCGCCUACAGACAAAGGGCUGCGAGUUGCGCUUAGAUAUGAAGUGGGAAGAUUUUUUGCAUCUGUGGAGCGUUUCAAACAAGCAACAAACAGAAGAGCUUUGGAUGAAGCUUAUGUAGCGUUCGCUGAUAUGAGCUUGCACCUGGAUAGAUAUUUGAGAGUGGGUGGCUUGUACACCUAUUAUGAUGAUACAAUCACUCUGGAACCAUACUACAAGGGCAUUAGUGAGUCUGCCCUUGUUUACGCCGAUCCUGUCAAAGACCCACCAGAGGUGAGAGACUUGGUGAUCCUGGUCAAAGGACCUGAGAAAGGCCGAACAGGUAUUGUCAUUGGGAUCUACCGUGAUGGAUCGAAUCGAACAGCUGUCAAACUAGAUCGGUACAAGGGAAUGCGAGAGAUUCGGGUGGUUCCUUCUCUGUGGGUUGCAAAAAGACUUGGAGAACAAGACCCUGAUGAUGUUUUUCUCAUUAAAUCAUGAAAGAGCAACAACUAACUUAACUUUGGAGAUGAUGUCGAUGAUGGCGGUGCAAUGUUCCUAUCGUGAUCUGGCUACCAGUACUCACCCAAUACCACAUGGCUCCGAUUAGCUCCAACCAAUCUUUCCUUUUACGAUCAUUGUGGUAGUGAGAGGUGCAGUGAGUGUGUGUGUGUGUGUUGUCACGAUGGAGCUUGCCGCUAUGUUUAUGAACCAGGUAGGUAUCUGUUGGGAGUGUAUCAUGAAAUCAUCCCUACCAGCUCUGUUAAUAGCUCAUAGCGCUCAUACCGUUAGUCUUCUAGUAAGCUGGUGAUAUACUGCAACAAGCCAAUUUCCUGAGCCCAAGCAGCCGACAAGAAUUCUCAUCCACUGCGCACCGCGCUGACGAUAGUGUUGGACGUAUAUAUACUGUUGCCUGAUUGCUACCGAGACCACGACGAGCAACGUAGCACAACUAUAUAUUCUCGUAA